AUGAUAGAAAUAACUGAGCACUGUCUGCUGGAUCCGACGGAGAAGCUGGUGCAAAUCCGUGACCAGUUCCACCACGUGAUCAGGAACUUCGAGGACGUGCGUCGAUUCGACACAGUCAACAAGUGCCACAGAGAGUUACCGGAUGAAGUGGCCGCCGCCCACUGUAUACUUCACCAAGCUGUGCUAUUCAAUGAAACAAUGCAAGAAAGUCUCGUCACAAUAGUAGAAAUCAAAACAAGACAGCACGCUCAAGACAUGAAUAGCUCCUUAUACAAUGUGCAGAAAUGUCUUCGGGACUUUGUGCCGCAGUUCUUUGAACAGUUACUUCUAGACGCUUACACCGACAAGUGCGGCUAUUUGAGGGUCGUGAACGCUUCCAUAGACGACUUAGUCAGGGAUAAAUGGAGGAGUAACGAGACACUGUUCUCAGAGAAGUGGAGUCCACUUGUGAAAAUCCUAAAGGAAAGAUCAAAGACACCAAGAAUCAAAGACCCACUGUUCCUCACCCUAUUCGCAGCAAAUUUAUCAUCAUUAGACAUUUUUAAAACACUAUACUGA